UCAAUCAACCCGUUUAUUUUCUAACCAAUGAAAGUUGGCCAGGUGAGAAAAAAACAAACGAUGUACGUGUCGUAGUUUCGUGUUUAUGUUUAUCGUUUGUGUUAUCUCCGGUAUUCCAGAAUAAACGUGUGAAUGAAGUUAAGUUAUCAAAUACAAAAAUGCAUUUCUGGUGUUUCUUUCUAGCCUCACUUUUCGUUCUGUUUAGCGCAACACCCACCACCCAAGCAUGCAAGGGUUGCGUUUCUCUCGACGAAUUAAAUUUCGAGAAAAUUAUUUCAAGAUUCGAAGUCGUGAUGGUGAAGUUUGACGUGGCGUACCCCUACGGGGACAAGCACGAGGUUUUCACAAAACUGGCCGAAGAAGUCGCCAAGAACGAUGACCUGAUCAUGGCGGAAGUGGGCGUGAAGGACUACGGCGACAAAGACAACGAGGAAUUGGCAAAAGAAUACGGCUUGGGCAAGGACGAUUUUCCUGCUAUCCGUUUGUUCGUCAAAGGCAAGGCGCCCAUCGAAUUCCCAAAAGACGCUGACUGGACAGUGGAUAACUUGCGCAAUUUGAUCAAAGACAACUCUAACGUUUACGUGGGGCUUCCUGGAUGUCUGGAGAAAUUCGAUAGAUUGGCGGAGGAGUUUGUGCACUCGGGAAACAAACAGAAGAAACUGGAGGAAGCAGAACAAAUCGUAAAUCAAGUGAGUGAGGAGGAGAGAGGCACCGCAUCACAGUACAUCAAGUUCAUGAAGAAGAUCGUGGAAGUUGGGACGGGCUUUGUCAGCCAGGAGUUGGCACGUCUGAAUAAGAUUUUGAAAGAUGGGAAGGUGAACGAGAAAAAGAAAAUGGAGUUGGCCGGAAGAGUCAACAUUUUGAGGUCUUUUUCUUUGCCCAAGGAUGAAUUAUGAAAUAUUUUUUAUACUUAAACAUUCCGACAUUGUCUUCUCGUAAAAUUAACCGUAGUCAGUAUAGUGUGUUUUUAUAAAAUUAUGUUUGUUUUUGCAAAUAAAGUUUUUUUGAUUUUGGCGUA